UCUCUUCCCCACUUCUCUCCCGCUCCCUGUUCUGCCUGUCUCUGUCACUCCCUGUUGUCUGUAAGUAAGCAGGCAACUUUUUUUUCGGCUUGAGUGCAAGGAGACCGGAGAAGAGGAACGUCUGGAGGGGUUUCCGUCUGUGCCAGCCAGAAGGGUUGUGUGGCGGCCGGCUGGCCGGGAAGGGUCUGUCUGCUUGGAAUUCCAAGUGUGCGGAAACUCCGGCUGGACGGCGGGAAGUGGAGUCGGGAGCAGUCGCUGGUGGCUCGGGUCGAUCAUGGAAGACGGCCCGCCUGGUCUCGGCCUCACUUCCCUGUGUGACUCUGCUGCGCUGCUCAGCUUCUGCACCGAUGACAGCAUCUCGGCCGCGAGCACGUCCGACGUCCAGGACCGCCUCUCCGCCCUGGAGCUGCGUGUGCAGCAGCAGGAAGACGAGCUCACCGUGCUCAAGGCCGCGCUGGCCGACGUGCUGCGCCGUCUUGCCGUCUCUGAAGAGACCGUGGCUGCUGGCAGGAAGGCAGCCGCCGGCAAAGGUCAGCCAGGCCUCCGGGAAGCCGUUUCUGUGUCCUGCAUUCCCAACGGCAGUGGCGGGAGCCGGAAAGGCCCACACGGUGGAAGCUCGGUCUCCGUGGUCAGAAAAGAAACCUUCUCUUCUGCUGCUAAAAGCGGUUCUGAAAAAAAGAAAGAAAAGCCUUCGGGACAGAGAGAAAAAACAGAGGAUUGUCAGUCUAACGAUCCAAGCCCCCAAAGGCCGGCGCCGCCUUCUCCCCAGCCCUCGUCACAGCCUCUCCCAGCGCACAGGCAAACGCCACACCCCAAGGGCCCGGCUCUCGCCAAAAGCAUAAAGCGAUCCUCGACGGCUGAAAAAACGUCCGGGCCAUGGGAUGGGCAGGAUGACAGUCGGAACAAGCUACUGAGAGCAGCGUCCACAUCCAGGCUGAUCUCCAAGGUCAUUAAAAACACCGACAAACAUAAAGAUGUCAUCGUCAGCCAAGCAGCCAAAAUGUCGACCCGUGAAAAAAACAGUCAAGAGGGCGAGUACAUCAAGAUGUUCAUGCGAGGACGACCCAUCACCAUGUUCAUUCCUUCUGACGUGGACAGCUACGAUGACAUCAGAACCGAGCUGCCUUCUGAGAGGCUAAAACUGGAGUGGGCAUAUGGCUACCGGGGAAGGGAUUGUCGAGCCAAUGUUUUCCUCCUACCGACGGGAGAAAUCGUUUACUUUAUCGCUUCGGUUGUCGUGCUGUUCGAUUAUGAGGAGAGAACUCAGCGGCACUACCUGGGUCACACAGACUGCGUCAAGUGCCUGGCCAUCCACCCUGACAAGAUCCGGAUUGCCACCGGCCAGAUAGCUGGAGUGGAUAAGGAUGGAAGGCCCUUGCAGCCGCACGUCCGAGUGUGGGACUCGGUGAGCCUGGCGACGCUGCAGGUUCUCGGCCUGGGGACCUUCGAGCGCGGUGUGGGCUGCUUGGACUUUUCCAAAGCCGACUCAGGGACCCAUCUGUGUGUGGUUGAUGACUCCAAUGAGCACAUGCUCACCGUGUGGGACUGGCAGCGCAAGUCCAAGAGCGCAGAAAUAAAGACGACCAACGAGGUGGUCCUGGCAGUGGAGUUCCAUCCGACUGAUGCCAAUUCCAUCAUCACCUGUGGCAAGUCUCACAUCUUCUUUUGGACCUGGAGCGGCAGUGCCCUGGCCAGGAAACAAGGCAUCUUUGGGAAAUACGAGAAGCCCAAGUUUGUGCAGUGCCUGGCCUUUCUGGCCAACGGCGAUGUCCUCACUGGAGACUCAGGGGGAAUUCUUCUCGUCUGGAGCAAAACUACUGUAGAAGCGGCCCCGGGGAAAGGACCCAAAGGUGUCUAUCAGAUAAGCCGGCAAAUCAAAGCCCACGAUGGCAGCGUGUUCACCCUCUGCCAAGUGAAGGAUGGAGCGCUCCUCACCGGAGGCGGGAAAGACAGAAAAAUCAUUCUCUGGGAUCACAGCCUGAACCCCGAAAGGGAGAUCGAGGUACCGGAUCAGUACGGGACCAUCCGAGCAGUGGCAGAAGGGAAAGCGGAGCAGUUUUUGGUGGGCACGUCACGGAACUUUAUUCUGCGCGGGACCUUUAAUGAUGGAUUCCAGAUAGAGGUGCAGGGCCACACGGAUGAACUGUGGGGUCUGGCCACGCACCCCUUCAAGGACCUGCUGCUGACCUGCGCCCAGGACCGGCAGGUGUGCCUGUGGAACUCGGCGGAGCACACGCUCGAGUGGACCAGGCUGGUGGACGAGCCAGGGCACUGUGCGGACUUCCAUCCCAGCGGUGCGGUGGUGGCCAUAGGGACCCAUUCGGGAAGGUGGUUUGUUCUGGACGCGGAGACCCGGGACCUGGUGUCGAUCCACACGGAUGGGAACGAGCAGCUGUCAGUCAUGCGCUAUGCGGUUGAUGGAACCUCUCUGGCAGUGGGAUCUCACGACAACUUCAUUUACCUCUACGCUGUAGCCGAAAAUGGAAGGAAGUACAGCAGGUUCGGCAAGUGCACGGGUCACUCCAGCUACAUCACUCACCUCGACUGGUCGCCCGACAACAAGUACAUCAUGUCCAACUCGGGGGACUACGAGAUCCUCUACUGGGACAUUCCCGGAGGCUGCAAGCUCAUCAGGAAUCGCUCGGAUUGUAAGGACGUGGACUGGACCACGUACACAUGUGUGCUGGGCUUCCAGGUGUUCGGAGUGUGGCCGGAAGGCUCGGACGGGACGGACAUCAAUGCCCUGGUCCGGUCCCACAACCGCAAGGUGGUGGCCGUGGCCGACGACUUCUGCAAGGUCCACCUCUUCCAGUACCCCUGCUCCAAGCCCAAGGCCCCGAGCCACAAGUACAGUGCCCACAGCAGCCACGUGACGAACGUCAGCUUCACCCACAACGACAGCCACCUGAUUUCCACGGGGGGCAAAGACAUGAGCAUCAUCCAGUGGCGGCUGGUGGAGAAAGCCGCCCCUCCGCAGAACGAUGGCACCGCGGAGCCCGGCCUCGCCAGGGCAGCUCCCGGGCCCGGGGAGGGUCCCCGCUGGCCGGGCACGCCGCCCCCACCCACUCCGGGCGGCCAAGUCGUGGAGGAUGAGAGUGAAGACCCGGGCGGGUCUCCGGUCCCGGGUGAGGACGGGAGCGAGGAGCGGAGCGAGGGGAGUAUUGAGGAGCUGGUGGAGCCCAAUUCAGCGGAUCUGGCCGACGAGGUCACCGAGGAACAGAGCCAGUCGACGCUCACAGAAGAGCGGCUAGCUCCCUCGCCGGAGUCCUAGCCCCCGGCGGGGCGGGAGCCGGGCUGGGGAGCCCCUGGGGAGAGGUGCUGGGUUUGAGGGGAGGGGAGGGCGUGGGGCAGGAUUGGGGGCGGGAGGAUGGCACAAGGAGCUUGAUCCAGCGAUGACGGUGGGGCAGACGAACUGGCGUCGGUCCGACUGGGCCCCUGGGGCUCGGAGAUCCGGCCCCCACCCCUGAGCUGCCUUGGUCUUCCCCACUGUCGGGACGAGGAGGAGGAGGAGGAGGGCCAGGCCAGCAGGCCGGGAGCCUGGCAUCGCCUUCCCGGCCUCUGCCGAGCACAGCUUCUCUUCCAGUCCAGAUCCCCCCCGGCCGGCCAGGGCAGAGCCCCAGACCCCAGCUCCCGCCUCCCCCAAACCCCAGCAUCAGGUCCAUCCAGCCUUACCCGGCCUGUUCUCUCGGGAGAGGGCAGCUGGCCCCUCGCCGCCCCCUCUCCUGCCCAGCUGUGUUCACUCCGGUCCCUACACCAGCCCCCGCCACGGUCCCCACCGCAUCUGGGGGAGGCGGUGAAACCUGCAAGGCCAAGGGGCCAGAGCCGCCCCAUUGGGCGGCUCCCUCUGACACUGUAGGAGCUGGUCAGUGGUGACUCGGUUCCCCUCCUCCUGCCCCGGCUGCCACGGGGAUUCGACUGACAGCGAUCAGGGACAUGUCCCCAGCCGGGAGCCCCGUGGCCUUGGAGGGGGCGGGUGGCUGUUGGACAGCUGCUUUUUGUUUAAGUUCGUCCAUUUCCUAGAAGGGAAGAUUUACUGACAAUAUGCAUUUCUUUGUAUUUGUUUCUACUCCGAUUACAUAAAAUCUCCUGGUUUUGUUUUGUAACUAGCUGCAUUGUUCUGAUACUUUAGGUAGAAACCGUGUUUAGAGACUCUGGGUGAGUUCAGAAGUCUUAAGUGUGCCAGCGUGUCUGGGGCGGGGCCAUUCCAGAGGGCUGGGAGAUGCCCUCUCUCCCUCCCUCCUUCCCUCCCUCCCUGCCCCUGGAAGCAGAGACCCGGGCCCUCGGGAUGCAGAAGUGUCACGUGAGGUUACCGCCGGGCUGCACCAAGGACGGGGGGCUCCCAAAGACCCCCCCCCGGGACCGCCUGGCCGAAGAGCGGGUGCACCGACACUGCAAGUGUGGAGGUGUCCGCCCAGUAGGCUGGUGGAUAAGUGCCUACAGCCUGCGUGGUACUGCGAGUGGGACCGUGUAGCUGGGAAAACAGGCUGAAACCUGGGAGAGUACGCGCACACAUAAGCAUACGCACAUAACACGGAUACACACGUGUGCGGCACCCCCUCCCUCUCUAUUCCCCCAGCCGUCGGCAGGGCAGGACAGAAAGGGCCGCUUCACAGCAGCAGGGCCGCAGGACAGCCCCAGGAUGGGCCACCUGCAGAGGCACCAAAAGGGUGCCCCUUAAACUGGCCAGAGGCCUUGGACCUCCCCUCUUCGACCUCAAGGCCGGAAUCGGACCCACCGCACCCUGGCCCGGGGGCCCCUACUAUGAACACGGGCUGCGCCCAACACCUGUCCACGGGGUCGGGCGUACACGGGUAUGUGCCCACAGCACUUGUUUACAACCGGAACACACACCUCAAAACCAGCUGUGCCCGGGGUGAAGGGACGGUUCCACCCCGCACCUGCCCGUCCGUCCACCCGCAUCCUGGGGCACGUCGGGUCUGGCCCGGUCUGCGUGGGCGGGGACCGCUGGGGUCCCCGGGGGAGGAACCGGACGGGUCUUACGGGCUGCGCCAGGGGGAUCUGCUCCACUCUGGGCCCCUGCCUGAGCCCGCAGGCCCGAGAAGACCGGGUGGCAGCCGGGCUCCGGCUACUACUGUUAACGGAUGAACGAGUCUGUUUAUCGGGGGGGUGGGGGUGAAGGGGGUGGGACUGUAACUGUAGAUGGUGGUAGAAAAUUGUGAACGAAAUAGGAAUCCAUGUUUCAUGUGAAGAUGUUUGAGCCAUUUCUAUCGAUGAUGCAUUCCUGUCUCAUGGCAGAAAAUUUUGAAGAUUGAAAAAUAAAAUGAUCCAAAUGAGA